AUGAGCACGGGGCUCAACUUAUCCAACUUGAAGGAUAAGAUCACAAGCAAGCUAAACCAGCAGAAGCUGGCGACACUCGCGCAGAAGAAGGGGAAGAAGGGGAAGAACCAACUGAAGUUGAAUGAAGUUGAAAGCAGCUCCAACUUGGAGAAAGAGGACAACAAAAAGAAAAAGAAGAAUGAGAAAAAGGAAGGGACAGCCGUGAAGAGUUCGAAGAAGGAGAUGGAUGAGAUCCUCCGUCAAGAGGCAUUGGCGUUGGGUGCCACUGAAGACGAUAUCCGCUUGCUUGAUGGCAUCGAAAGCGAUGACGAAAAAAGCGAAAUUGAGUUUGGUGAGGGAGAGAAAGAAAUGGAGGAGUCGUUUGGCGAAGAUUUGAGUGCAUUCAUGAAGGGUAUUGGAUUGGGUAAUGGAGAGGUACCCGUCGUUGACGAAGAUGAGGAAGAAGAAGAAGAAGAAGAAGAAGAAGAAGAAGAAGAAGAAGAAGAAGAAGAAGAAGAAGGGUCGGAUCUUGAGCUGGAAAAUGAAGAGGAGUCUUCUUCUGAAACCAGUGGCGAUGAGGAGGAAUUCGAGAACGACGAAGAAGACGUGCCUGAUUUGGUGUACGACGACGGAACAUCCUCAUCUGCAAAUAAUGCUCCGCUCAAAAACAGCAAGAACAGCAAGAACAGCAAUAACAGCAAUAACAGCGAUGAAAUGGGCGCAGGUGAUUUUACAGUUGUCUCAAGUGACAAAUUGGCCGUGCCCGGAAGACUAGACUGGUACAACAUUUUCCCCAAUCCAAACACCACCGGUGAAAGUCUACCGACAUUGGAUAGAUUUGCUCGAGAGAGACUUCUUGAGAGGGCGCAAAAAACAUUGGACAAGGACAACAAGACAUAUUUGGAGGAGUUUGCAUCCAACUCGUCGCAAAAAAAGUUCUUGUCCCAGAUCUUGACUAGUGGUACCUUGAACGAUAAGAUUUCGGCCUUGACAUUGUUGGUACAGGAGGCCCCCUUACACAACAUCAAGGCGUUGGACACAUUGUUAGGUUACUGUGAGAAAAAAUCAAGAACUGCUGCUUUACAAUCCAUCGUGGCGUUGAAGGAUUUGCUACUCAACGGGCUAUUACCGGAACGUAAAUUGUUUGCAUUCGAUAAACAGCCAUUGGCCAAAGACCAGCUGGAUGCACAUUUGGCUGUUUUCUAUUUUGAAGACAUUUUGAAAAAAUCGUACUUCAAAUUGAUCCAAAUCUUGGAGAAAUUGUCUCAGGACUCCAUUUUGCAUGUGCGGAUGAGCGCAUUGAGCCACAUUUUUGACUUGUUGAGUUCAAAGCCCGAGCAAGAAGUGAAUUUGCUUAAAUUGGGGGUCAACAAAUUGGGUGAUACCGAUAACAAAGUCGCAGCAAAGGCGUCGUAUUUGAUUUUGCAAUUGGAGCAAGCUCAUCCGGCAAUGAAGAAGAUCAUCGCCGAUGCCGUUAUUGAUGUGAUUUUCAAAAACAACAACAACGACGAUCAUUCUAGGUACUAUGGUAUUCUCACGUUGAACCAAACCAUCAUCACUAGAAAGGAAGAGGAGUUGGCAAAUGUUUUAGUUAAGACGUAUUUUGCCUUGUUUGAAAAAGUCUUGAUUGAAACAAAUGCAUUCACAACGGAAGAAGAUAAAAAGGCCGGUGGUGCUGGUGGUUUGGGCAAAUCGGAAAGAGGGAGAAAAGAUCACAGAAAAGGUUUUAAAAGGGGUAAAAAAGGUGGCCGGUCGGUGAAGAGGGAAGAAAAAACCGAACAGGAGGUUAUCGAGGAGAAAAGCUCAAAGAUGUUCUCAGCUUUGUUAACGGGACUCAAUCGUGCGUUCCCAUUUUCAAACUUGCCCAACGAAGUUUUCCAACAGCAUUUGGCCACUUUGUUCAAGAUUACCCAUAGUAGCAACUUCAACACCGCAAUACAGGCCUUGGUGCUUAUAAACCACAUUGUCACGCAGCAAAAAUUGGACUCUGACCGAUUCUACCGCACGUUGUACGAGUCGCUAUUGGACUCGAGGCUCGUCAAUACUUCCAAGCAAGGGAUUUAUUUGAACCUCUUGUACAAGUCAUUGAAGAAUGACGCUGGCAAUGUUCCGCGAGUACUAGCUUUUGUCAAGAGAAUCAUGCAGGUGAUUUUGCACUGGUUGAACGUGGGUGCCAUUGCCGGGAUGUUGUAUUUGUUGAUGGAGUUGUCCAAGACCAUCCCCGAGAUUUUGGACUUGUUGGUUGACAAGGACUCGCGGCCUGAGGAAGAAACAGCCAUUAAAGAAACUGGCGAGACCAACUCCAGUGAAGAAUUAGUUUACGAUCCAAAGAAGCGUGAUCCCACACAUGCCCAUGCUCAGAAUUCUUCACUUUGGGAAAUCAACCAAUUUCUCGCUCACUACCACCCAACAAUUGCCAUUUAUGCAUCAUCAUUCGUGGCAAACACGUCUCAACCAAAACCGGAUUUGGGACUAUACACACUUGCUCAUUUCCUCGACCGGUUCGUUUACAAAAAUGCUAAGCAAAAGGCCCAAGUUAAAGGUUCUUCAAUCAUGCAACCGCUCGGAGGCGCCCACACUGGUGAUUUAUUGGUCAAGGCCACCAAUACCUUGAGCAAGGAGUUGCCUGCCAACACCGAGAAUUGGUUGAACAAAAACGUUAGUGACAUCAAGGCCGAUGAAAAGUUUUUCUAUCAGUACUUCACUACAAAAGUCAACAAGUUGCGAAACAAGAGUAAGAAGGAUGUGGGAGACAAUGACGAUGAAGAAGGUGAACUUGAGCGUGAUCAAGAUUUGGAUGAUGAGGACGUGUGGCAGGCAUUGGUGAAGUCCAAGCCUGACGUUGAAGAUCUUUCCGAUGAAGGGUUCUCCGAUUUCGAUGAAGCUGAUUUUUCGGAUGAUUCCGACGCGGAAGAUCAAGCUGGUGGAUCAGGUGAUGAAGCCGAGUUUGACGAGGCUGAAUUGGCCGAGACGGGAGAAGAUGGAUCAGAGGAGGAGGAAGAAGAGGACAACUUUGACGAGGACGAGAGCAGGAUGUUUGACGUGAAUGACGACGACGAGUUUUCCGAUGGCGAAAUAGACACGAGCGUGCUCGGUGGAGAAGCUGAUUCCGAUGAUGAGGCUGGAGUUGAAGAAGAAGAAGAACCAAAUAGAAAGAAACGCGCCAAUGCUGCCGGUGCCGAUGGUGAUGACAAGAAGAAGAAGAAAUCCAAGCGUCAAAAAGUCAGGGAUCUCCCCUUGUUUGCAUCAGCUGAGGACUAUGCUCAAUACAUGUAA